UUGGUCUCCGGAUGCAUUUCCUGUAUGGACGAUUAGUUGGGAUCGUAGCUCAGCAACUGCUUCCUUCUUCCGUUGCCCGCAAUGGAUUCAGCGAGGAGCUGGUUCACCAAGCUCCAAACGAGGGAGAAAUCCAUUGGCAAGAAGAAGGAAUUGCCUCCCAAUGGCAAGGAGCCCGGCGACGAUGCGCCGUCGAGCGCAACCAAGCAGAGGGUUGCGGCGGCCAAGCAGUACAUCGAGAAACACUACAAGGAGCAGAUGAAGCAUCUGCAGGACAGGAAAGAAAGACGGUGUAGUCUAGAAAAGAAACUAGCGGACGCUGAUGUGUCCGAAGAGGAGGUCAACAACAUCCUGAAGCAGUUCGAGAAGAAAGAGACGGAGUACAUGCGGUUGCAAAGGCACAAAAUGAGCGUCGAGGAUUUCGAGCUGCUAACAAUGAUAGGGAAGGGAGCUUUUGGCGAGGUCAGAGUCUGCAGAGAGAAGACCACAGGAAACGUGUAUGCGAUGAAGAAGCUUAAAAAGUCAGAAAUGCUUCGUCGAGGUCAGGUUGAGCAUGUGAGAGCCGAACGGAACCUUCUUGCCGAGGUGGACCACCACUGCAUCGUCAAGCUGUACUGCUCGUUCCAGGACAGCGAGUACCUGUACCUGAUCAUGGAGUACCUCCCAGGAGGCGACAUGAUGACGCUGCUCAUGAGGAAAGACACGCUGACGGAAGACGAGGCCAGGUUCUACGUCGGCGAGACGGUUCUUGCGAUCGAAUCGAUCCACAGGCACAACUACAUCCAUAGAGACAUCAAGCCUGACAACCUGCUACUGGACAAGCACGGGCACCUGAGGCUGUCGGAUUUCGGGCUGUGCAAACCGCUGGACUACUCCAACUUCCCGGACCUGAACGAGAAGGACGUGACGCCGCCUACGAAGUCGUCGGCGAUGCAUGGGGACGGGAAGCAGCAGUCGAUGCCGAAGCGCUCGCAGCAAGAACAGCUGGAGCACUGGCAGAAGAACAGAAGAACCCUGGCUUACUCGACCGUCGGAACACCAGACUACAUCGCUCCAGAAGUUCUUCUGAAGAAAGGCUACGGGAUGGAAUGUGACUGGUGGUCCCUUGGUUCUAUCAUGUAUGAGAUGCUAGUGGGUUAUCCUCCAUUCUAUUCUGACGAGCCUAUGACUACUUGCCGAAAGAUCGUGAAUUGGAGAACACACCUGAAAUUUCCCGAAGAAGCGAGGCUAACGGCAGACGCCAAAGAUCUUAUAAGCAAGCUGCUCUGCAACGUCGACCAGCGCCUCGGGACAAAGGGCGCAGAAGAGAUAAAGGAGCACCCCUGGUUCAGUGGACUAGAAUGGGGAAAGCUAUAUGAGAUAGAAGCCGCGUACCUGCCUCAGGUCACAGACGAGUUGGACACCCAGAACUUUGAGAAGUUUGAGGAGUCCUCGGACGGUAGUAGCGUUCAGGGUUCAGCAAAGGCGGGCCCUUGGAGAAAGAUGCUUUCUUCAAAGGACCUGAACUUUGUGGGCUAUACCUACAAGAACUUUGAACUUGUGAACGAUCACGAUGUCCCCGGCAUGGCUGAGCUGAAGAAGAAGGAGAAGGCAAAGAGACCAAGCGUCAAGUCUCUGUUCGGCGCAGAUUCACCUGAAGGAGACGGAGGGAGAGGGGAGCCGCAGCCUGAAGUCGACGACGAAACAGCCUCCGCGGAAGGAAGCGCCCGGAAACCAGCAGAGCCUGAACUGACCAGAAGCCUCAGCUCGCCAUCCACGUGAAACAAAUGUGUGCGUCAUGUUGUAUGUACUCUUUGUUAAUUGAUUCACGAGCUAAUAGCGAUCGUACCGUGCUG